CGGUCGGUGUUUCAGAUAGUUUUCGUUCAACCACAGACAGGUCAUCAUGUCUCGCAGUUUUUGUGCGCUUUUGGCGAUUCUCAUCGUUCAUUUGGUCAACGCGACGCCUCAAAAUUCUCCAACCAUCGUUCCGCAAAUCCGCACUAAUGGCUUUCAACUGGAGCCCCUAAACCAGGAAUACUUUCUUAGAAUCGAACAUCCAGGUGGUGCUAUUCGCCAGGAAACCGUGAAACAGAAUGAUGCCGGUCACCUGCAAGUCAGCGGAUUAAUUAAUCAGCCCUUUGAGGAUCAGGGUGCCAAUCUUGUCCUGACCUAUGAGGCCGGACCGAAUGGAUACGUUGCAAAAUACAGUUUCGGCAAGGGUCCUCCAACGCCUCCACCUCAGACCCCCUUGUUCCUCAGUCCCGGAGCCUUGAAAACCGCAGCUGGAUAAAAUAUAGAAUUAAUUGUGCCUUAAAUAGAACAAUACAUUUUAGUGGUAACCGAAUAUAUAUUCAUACGACUAAAAAUUAA